GUCAGACAUACAUGCCCUCUGAAGAAAAUUAAGAAAGGCAAGAUAUAUAUAAUGGAGCCUAUGAAGUUUGUAUGCCUUUUGCUAGUACUUAUUAGCAGUACUACUGCAUGGCUCUCCUUGGCACAUCCAUCCCGAGUUUCAAAAGAUACAAAAGCCGCGGGUAAAGAAGCUGCCAAUGCUAGUGUUUCAAGUGCAAAGGGUCUUCUGGAAGAUGAAAGCUGGCCUGUAAGUACCGCUUUUACAAACAAGAAGAUCAUAAAGGGAAGGAGAAUGCAGGCGAUGGGCAAUAAUAUCGUGAAGCAAGAUCGGAAGAAAGAGCAUGCAGGUGCAGUUGCAGGCCGGAGGACGACGUCAAAUAUCUCAAGCUCAAACCAAGUUGGUGGAAAGUACGAAGGUCAUGAAGAAGGUUAUGAGAAUGGCGGCUCAACUAGUAGUAGUAGUAGUGUAGAACAUGAGCAAAACGUUUAUCGUUCUUCUGAACAGAUUGAUGAUGAGGCAGCUGGUUUUGUAGCUUUCAAUGCUGACUACCAUGAACCAAGACACCACCCACCUAAGAAUAACUGA